CGUUCAACCAGGUCUAGAGCCUUUUGUCCUUCCGAUUCUCAUUCUUCUUGUUUGCUUUGUCAAUUUUACAAUUUUUUGCGGUUUUGGUCUUUGCAUGGCGGCGGCUACUGACAACAUCUUCCAAAAUUCCUAGUCGCCCUAAUCGAGGCCAAUUUCGUUGAAUCAUCUUUUUUUAUUCGAUUUCUAUUCUUCAAUUAAUCUUUGGUUGGUAGACCUGAUCUCACACCUCCUUGGACAGGGAAACAUACAUUCUUUUUCUACUUUUUUUCUUUCUCAAUUCCUCGCUUUCACUUUCAUUUAUUGCUUGGUUCCUUGAAGGACACUUUUCUACGACAUCCGCCGAUUUACAUCAUUACCGACAGCAACCGCGCCGCUUAUUUCAAACCUAGGGAACUGCUGGGAUCUAAAACGGUCAUCUCUUGGAUAUCCUACGUCAGCCACUCAUUUCCCAUAUAGAACUAGUGCCCGCGGCGCAGACAAAGACAGCGAAAGCGCGCAGUACAGCUUCCCGCAUCAUCCGCACAUUUUUCCCUUGUCACGAACUCGUACGAACCCGACUCACGAACUGGACGAAACACUGCAUAGCCUGUCGAAUUACGCAUGCGAUUCUCUUCAGCGAAGGAUAUAACUCGGUGAAGUACUCCUCUGUUGGGAGUGGGAUAGGGAUACUCCGUCCGUUAAGAGAACGGAGCAGCUGUGGAAGCACCUGAAUGCUUCCGUCUACGGCACAUUUACGGUGGCUCUGCUAAAUGAGUUACCCUCAAGAUGGGCGAGACAUGGAGGACCGACCGACGACACCGGGAUCAGUCAAGAGGGCCAGGGAGAGGGCCAUGGCUGGAAUACCACGGGAAGCACCAGGUUUGCCUAUAAGCCCGAAUGCUGGGCUUUCAAGGAUACCACGGCCCGUAGGAGCUAGCCGAGAUGGCUCGUCAGGCCCUCCCACGAUCUCGAGACCGACGCCAGUACCUCAGUGGCCUCUCGCCGGUCCUCCGGCAUCUUCAAUAUCGAAGCCAAUCUACCAGCCGCCCCCAGGAAGGGGACCUGCCCCUCAGCGACCUCCUCGUCCGAGCCCGAGCCAUGUACCUUCAAUGUUGGAUGCAUCAAAAAUCCAGGAACACAUUCCUGUAUUUCAAUACACUCCGCAAACGGGACGCGAAUCCGAAGUUUCUGUGGCACAGUCAAUGGCAUCAUCUCAAUCCCGUCCAACGACCCUCGACUCGGUUGGGUCCAUUCCUGAUUUUCCGCUACCCAUGACUGGCGGUGUCACGGGGCCCCCGCGAAGGAGUGUCACACUCGGCCCGCCCCCAUCCGCGCGACGCGGGGCUUCAUCCUUUUACUCGAAUGCGUCAUUUGUCUCACCGAUUCCAGAAGAGAGCCCAAGAGCCAGGUCACACACAUCGUAUGCUUCCAGUGCGGCUAUGCCCAGAGAAAGCUGGGCCUCUUCAGUGUCCCCAGGCCCGAGUCCGACCGAAUAUCAGGAUGGGGUGUUUGACGACAGGCUCCAGGUGGGCGGCAGAGAUGCCUUCAACGAUGAGGCUGGCGAUGAAAGCCAACUUGUGAGGAGUGCGAGUGUGGGCAAGAGGGGCAAGGCUUCACUUGUGAAUACGUCUACGGCAACUAGGGCGUCAGAGAUCCCAGAGGAGGAUGAGCGCCCGGCUCCGUCGCCCCUGCAAGGAGGUCCGUUUGGUCAGGGUACUGGCUACCGUGACUCUUCAAGUUCGGGAAGUGUGCCCAGGGCAAAGCCUGGCGUGGGCAUGGCACUUACAGCCGACUCUAUUCUGAACGCAUAUGGGGCAGCAAGCUCUUCCGACCCGUCGGAUUCGUAUAGCCGGCGCAUGUCUGUUUCCCCACAGCCGCCAGUUUACAGCCACCUCUCCGCCAUCCGCAGGCCACCAAGGCUGGACGUCGAUGGUAUCAGAGCUGCCGAAUCCCGAGGCAGCUUGACAAGUCUACCGGACCUGAUUCGUCGGGCGACUAGGCUUGCAGCAAGUCUCGAGAAGGGCCGCAGGCCAGCAAGCCGCUUCGACAGCUUUGACGCAACGGAAUCUUAUGGUUAUCCUAACGCCAAUAUUGACAGCGAGAAGGAUGCAUCAGAUGAUUUUGAAAAGCAUCAAUCAGGAUUGUCAGACAUGCUGGCGGCUUUCCCUCCGCCAGCUCAGCCUUCGCUCCCCCGUCGUAGCUUCAGGCAGAGUGUACGGGACUCCAUGGGUCAGUCGUGGCCUCUGCCCGCUCGGUUCAGCACUAGCCGGUCACCGCCCCAACCGCGUGCUCUUGACAACGAUGUGAACUCAUUCUCGGAGAUGAACCUGAACAACACCGAAAAGGGCACCCGCAGUGGCAAGAAAGAGGGCCGCAGAUGCUGUGGACUGCCUAUGUGGGGUUUCAUCCUCCUCGUGCUCAUCAUUCUCAUCAUUGUGACGGCAGCUGUCGUGAUACCGGUCGAGUUCUUCGUCAUUCGUCGCCCGCAAAACAACAUAUCUCCUGGCCCUCCUCAGUCGGCAAUAGGUCAAUGCCAAGCUCAACUUACGUGCGCUAAUGGCGGUAUCAACAUUGUGACGGCUCAAGGCACCUGCUCGUGCAUCUGCACAAACGGCUUCACUGGCCAAACUUGCACUCAGCUGCUGACCCAAAGCUGUACGACCACCAACAUCGUUGACCAGAACCCCAACAUCGGUGCUUCGCAGAUUAGCAAUGUCACACUGGGGGAUGCGAUCCCGCGAAUUGUUGCAGCUUCGCAGGCAACGUUCGGAGUGCCUCUAUCGGUCUCGCAAAUCCUUGCCAAAUUCAACACGGGCAAUCUGAGCUGCACAGCAGAGAAUGCAUUGGUAACCUUCAACGGCCAGAGUCAGAACCCCAAUGGCCCACCAGGAGGAGUUGCAAACUUUGGAGUUAGUGACGAUAACGCAGUCGUCAAAGUGGAAUUUGUUACUGUUUUCGCGAAGAGGCAGGCAGAAGGCUUCACUACCGUUCUCACCGGACCCACAACCUUCUCGACAACUCUAGGCAUCUUACCAUCCAUCCUACCGACGACAACCAUCACCAUCACUACCACCAUCCGACCUACAGCACCUCGGCCGACAACAAUGACGACGCCAGCGACGACGCCACCAACCACUCCGAGUGCACCACCCGCAAACACGCCAAAACCAUCAGUACCUGCUGUUCCUGCGGCACCAUCUUCUUCGUUCCCCGUGACGAACGAGGUGAUCGACUUUGCGCGUGUGGCAGUCCUCUUCAUCCUGCAGCAGGAGUCGCUGCAGACUGCUGAGCAGGCUCAAGGUGAACUCCAGCGCUUCUUCACAGCUGCUGGCGGAAAGGCGGGCACUCCGGGCGUGACAAUCGAGCAGGCGCGGAAUGUGACACUCCUGAAUGGCAACUCUGCCAACCUGGUCGAUUUUGCCAUCGACCUAGGCGCAGGCCUUGUAGGCAGGGGAGCACGUCCCACGUCUGGAAACGCAGUGGUCGCCAGGAGUUUGAACGAGGCUGCCAUGGGGAACCAGCUGCGGUCUCUCCCCGCGUGCAAGGACAACCUGCAGCCGGCAUUCAUGCGACUGUUCAGACGGUGAACGCAGCGGGUGAAGGAUGGGACCGACAACCCUCAUCAUCUAAUAUCGGUCUGGCAUCAUAUUACGACACACUUUAUGACAUUUAUAUAUACACCCGUUUUGCCUCGACGGCUGGCAGGGCUUCCUCAUCGCCACGCACAGAACAAUUCUGCCUGCUGAUGAGGUGACGCCUACAAUAGAAUCGCUGGCGUGAGCACAUAACUUCCUUUCACAUCUUGUCACCUAUCAAAAGUACUAGAUAAAACCCUCUUAUUUCUUUUCGGAGCCAGGGCCUGGCGUCUUCCGCUCAUUAACAACAAAAUCAACAACAAACCGACGAGAACGGUGGCUAGCGGGGUUCGAUCCGAAGCUAUCACCGGAAGAGCGAUUUCUUUUUCGCGUUCUGCAUAUAUCUUAUCAUACCCACGAAUUAAUGCUUGAGGACGGCAGGCGACGGACAGGAGCAGAUUGGAGGCGAGGAGGGAUGGGGGGAAAAGAAGAGAUACCGAGGAGUCUGGAUACUUACGCAAGACAUGCCCCCCCGGCAGAUAUCCUCACAACACACGUGUACAAAUAUUUUAAGUUGGCUUAUUCUUUGGCUUUUGUGUUUUAUCACCUGCGUGUGCUUUUUGAACAGCGUUUGUGACAUAUCACAGUGGGGGGUCACCAACAGCAGUUAGUUGAAGCGGGGCGUUAUUGGAAAUACCAUUGCCCGGGCUGGCUUGUUUUUUGUACAUCAGCAAGGCCGUCUAUCUGGACUCUCCUGAACAAAUCACGCCGCCGUGUGGCUUAUUUUUGUCUAAAUAGUUUGGAUAGUUGGGAGGGGUGGCACGACAGAGUCUGAGCAAGUGUACCGUGUCUUGGGCCAACGUUUGAGAGGACAUCCCUUCUGCCACGUUGCAAAAAGACUUGGGGUAAUUGAACAGAUGUUACACCACUAUCCCAUCCGGGAGCAAUCGCCAUGUUGAGUGAGG